CAUAAGAUGGAAAUUGGUCGGUUAUUUCGACGAGUCAUCAGUAGCCUCUUCGAAGUUAAAGGUUAAAUAAUGCCAUGUCACAUAUUAUUUAUCAUAAUUCUAUAUAAUUUUUUAUUUUCAGCAAAAAUAUGGGGAGAAGAAAGCCUUCCUAUAGUAUUGACGGUACAUGGCCGAAUGGACAACGCUGGAGCCUUUGACAACUUAAUACCGCUAUUACCUGAUAAAUUUCGUUACGUUUGCAUAGAUUUACCAGGACAUGGCAAAUCUUCACAUUUUCCACCUCAUCUACCUCUGCAUACGCUCAACUUUCUACUGGUCUAUAGGAUUAUGAGCAAGUACUUUGAUGAAAAAAGCUUUAUUCUAUUAGGUCACAGUUAUGGUGCACAAUUAGGCAUUCUUUUCUCAAGAAUGUAUCCACAUUUAGUAGAAAAAUUUAUAAUGAUUGAAGGAAUACAUGCCUACCCGAUUAAAGCAGAUGACUACAUAAUACAUAUGCUAAAAAUAUUUCAAGAUCACUUUAGUGUUCAUGAUAAACUGGCAACAGGAAAGCAACCGAAAUAUAAAUAUGAAGAAGCCUUUAACAAAGUUAAAUGCAACAGGGAUAACGGACCGCCCAUAUCUGAUAAAGCUACAGAAGUUUUGUUGAAACGUGGGUUACGGAAAGUAGGGGACGACCAAUACAUAUUUACAUUAGACCAAAGAAUGAAGUAUUACAUUGAUCCGCUUCAUGACUGCAACUUUGCAGUACACAGUUUGAAAAAGCACCCACUGCAGUGUCCAACAUUGAUGAUUUUAGCCAAAGGAAACGAUUAUACCACCAAAUUGUUCACACCCGUGCUGAACGAACUGAAGAAACGAGACAACUUCAAGUAUUUUGAAGUGGAGGGAUAUCACGAUGUUCACAAUGUACAUCCGGAGAGAGUAGCACCAUUUAUUCAAGAGUUUUUAACUUCUAAAGGUAAACUGGAGCCGGAGUUGGAUAAUUUCGAUAGCGGAAAAUCUCUUCUGGUGAAUUGUUCCAUAUCUUGACACUCCAGAAACAAACGAACAGUCAUAAUGACAGUUCUGAAUGUACUACAUCGGUUACGCAGAAACACUUGGCAGCAACACAUUCAGAAAAUUAGCUGCAGCUGCUUCAAGGUUUACAAGAUUUUUAUAAAGAUAAGAUCGAUAGUGUUCAUUUUUAUUUACAACUACCUUUAAAAACCUUUAACAUUAAAUAAUAAAGUAUAGUCUUAAGAGUUAUAUACAAAGUAUUUUUGUACAACUAGUGGAGUACAUGAGAGUUUUAACCUCGGAAUACAGUUACACUGAAUGAAAUUGAAAAUAAAUACGUGCAGUUAGUAAGAUUUUAAAAAAUCGGGUUACCAUAAUAAUUCAAAAAACCAAUUGCAAUAUCUCUAAAAUAGAAGAUAUAUUGAGAAAUAAUUUGAAUAGUUCGUAAAAAUACGCUCUAUUGCCAGAUUCAUGGCGUUAAAGUUGUAUUUCCGAACCUGUAUUUAUACGAAUAUUUUUUAUAGGUUAUUAAAUCGCAUAUUGACGGGUCAUAUCUUAAAUCGGGCUCAUUUUUUUUGUCUGGAAUGUAUCCAUGGAGGCAUGAGCUCUGUAAUAUUAAUGGUACUAGGACGGACGGUUUGGAGUGGAGUCGCGCUCAAAGUUUAAAGGUUUGGUAAAAAAGUAUUUUAUGAUAAAUAUAUCAUUGAUCACGUUGUUUAACAAAAAUAGUUAGAUUUCAGUUUGCCAAAUAUUUCAUAUUAACUAAAUCUCCCAUAAACAUAAAAACAAAUCAAUUUAUCAAAUUAAAAAAGCCUUCAAACUAGACUGUUUAAUCUCUGUAAGGUACAAGUACUGCCUUUUUGACCUAUAUACCUAUAUACCUAUUCUGUUUACUUAUUUAAUUUUUUCAGUAAUAAUUCUAUUUGUAAAUAAGUAUUUAUUGUUAAAAAUAAAUACUUUUGAUCCAAAAGAAUAAUUUUGAAAAAUAAUCUUCGGUUAACUUAACAUAUAGGAAAACAUGC